AUGAAACCUCAAGCAACAAGCUUGGCCAGAUCUUUUUUGGCUAGUCUGUUCAUUUUGUUAUUUAUGAAUUUUACUGACAGUGUGGAAUGUCCGGACAAUUUAUCCACAGACUGUUCCUGUGAUAAGCAAUCGAUCGGACUAUUUGUUAAUUGUAGUCACUUAAGUGAAAAUCUUGAUGAUACCUUGAAAUAUUUCGAGAAUAUUAAUCUUCAACGAUUAACUAUCAGAAAUGUUAAAUGGCAUAUGAUCAAAAAACUCGGUCGAUCAACUUUAUCAAUUCGAUCACUGGAACUGCUAUCGUCAGAAAUUACAGAAAUUGAGAAUGGUGCUUUGGAAUGCUUAUCAGAUAGCCUCGAGGACUUGAAUUUGUCAAAUAAUUUACUAGAAAAUGUGCCAUUCUUUGGAUUCCUAUCAAAAUUAUCAUCACUCAAACUUAAUUAUAAUGAGGUCAGAAGACCAUUAAAAAAUACCUAUAUGAUUCCGCUACGCAGUUAUUUCAGGAAUGCAUUAAACGAAUAUAAAGGGCAACUUGAACUGCUCGAUUUAAGUGAAAAUAACCUAACAGUUAUACCAGCACAAAAUAUAAGAAGUUCAACACGCCUUGUCUAUCUCGACCUAUCCAAUAAUAAUAUAAAUCAAAUAGCGAAUUUCCAGUUGAUGAACUUACCAAUGUUAAAGGAAUUAAGGUUAAACAACAAUAGAUUAAGAAAUAUAUCACCGAUGGGUUUCCUAAAUAUUCCAAGGCUCCAGCACCUUUAUUUGAAAAAUAACCAACUCACAACAGCUGAUUCGACUUUUCAAGUUUUUCGAUAUCUUGAAGUUCUCGACCUAUCUCAUAAUCUGUUAACAGAGAUUCCAUCGUUCAAAGAAUUUUCGAACCUAAAACAGAUCAAAUUGGAUUUUAAUCAGAUCCGGUCAAUCGAAACAUUAACAUUCUCACAAAAUUUUAAUCUGAAAAUCAUCGAUUUACAGAAUAACGGAAUAAGAAUGAUAUCACGGAAUAGUUUUGACAGACUUGAUCGACUUCUAAUUCUUCUACUUGCAAAUAAUUCAAUUUAUCAAUUAGAACGAGGAAUGUUUGAUGGUAUAAAAAGUUUGCAAGAACUAAAUCUACGAAACAAUUCGAUAAAUGAACUCGAAGACACGAUAUUUACAUCGAUACCAUUACUCAAUAUUCUGGAUCUAUCAAAUAAUCAAAUUUCUCGAAUUGAACAAAAUACUUUCACACCACUGAAGAAACUUUUUUGGCUGGAUUUAUCAUCUAAUCGCUUAUCUACUUUCGAUGAAAAUACUUUUAAAGCCAAAAUUGCCAAUAUCUUACUCGAUGGUAACCCGUUAGAAUGCGAUGAUCGAAUAGAAUGGAUGGUGAAAUAUUUGGUGAAAAAUCAAGUUCGAACAUUUCUACCUUAUCAACCAGAUGUACUGUGUUUUGGACCAGAAAAAUAUGCAGGCAUUCGCCUGAAGGAAUUAAUGAUUGCUAAGGCUAAUGAAACAGUUCGAUAUCAAAUUAAACCAAAUAGGGAUAAAUGGACUAUUUUGAAAGGCUUAUUGCCUUCGAGUAUUAGCGCUUUAAUAUCUGGAUUACCACCGACUUCAAUGGACGUAAAUUCCAAUCUACUAAUAAGAGAUAAUAAUGCAGCCAAUCUAAAGGAAACUGCGAAUUGGGCUAAGAAUUUUCAAGAUAAUGCAACACAAUCCAAACAAUUAAAUGCCAUUAUUUCAAAGGGCGCUUCAAGAGGAGAAUUACUAACAACCGAUAUCGAAAAAAUUAUUCGCAUUAUGCCAAAUCUCACUGUAAACGUACCUGGCAUUGGAAAUGUCGACAUAACUAAGUUGCCACCAGAAAUGGUGUCUUAUGUACUUCAUGGUGGAAUAAUACCUGGUUUAUCAAAGGAAGCCACAGAAAACGUUGCCCGAAAAUUAAUACAAAAUUUGAUGCAUUUGACAACCCAUGAAGAAAUCAGCAAUGUUCAGCAAUUGCCAAAUCUUUCAUCCUUGCGAAAACUGCAAAAGCAGCUGGCUACCAAUAUUAUUAGAAGCAAUAAAUCGCUUUCAUAUGGAGUUCAAGAAAGAGAUAAUAAGGAAAAAUACAACAACUCAGAAGAAAAUCAAACAACUAAUAUUUUUAAUUUAAUGAAACUUCAAACAGGUUUUUAUGAACUACUAAAAGUUUUACCAUCUGGUUAUGAUAUAAAUCGCAUACCGAAAGAAGCAAUUGAGGCCUUAGUACAAGGAGAAAUUCCAAAUUUUUCUACACUUCCAGAUGAUUUACAAAAGCAUUUAGUGGCCAAUCGACAGCUUCUUUUCUCAACUUUUUUGAAAAAGCCAAAUGCAACCAUCGAAAAUAUCUUAAAACUUCUUCCAAAACUUGAUCGACCAUUAUUAUCAACAUAUUCCCCAUAUGAUAUUAAUGGAAUCAACGACGAUUUAGUUGAAUCAUAUGAAAAAGCCGAAAAACUUGUCAAAGUUCAAUAUUACACGGCAUUAUUGCUCGGUUUGGUUGGAUCAGUAUCGAUUGUUAUAAUUGGCUUUCUUUGUAUGUACAUGCGAAAGAAAAGGUUAAGGGGCACCGAAGAAAAUGCGAAUAUUAACGGCGAUACUUUAGAAAACCCAACAAUGCAACCUGUACAACUUCCGCAAACAUCCAUGUUAAACGCUAAUUUUCUAUCACCAUUCAUCAUUAACAAUUCAAAUAUUGUAAAAGAGGUCGAAUAUUCGCCAUAUCGAGAUACGGAUCAAGCUUAUUCAAUAAUUUCGCCAAAUCCUACAAAUAUUAUCGAUGAUACCGUACAUACGACGACACCGCCUUUACAUCAAGAUUUAGCUUUUAUGUUACGUCAUUCAAGCUGA